CAUGCGCAUAAUGUAACAAAAGUUUUUUUCCUGAUAAAUUAAUAAAAUUCCAUGUCUAUCACGGUGUAAUUAAAGUAAGUCAUGAAUAAAAGGAGUUCAAUUUUAACUAGAAAAAAUGAUAUAUUACAAUUGACUCAAAAUAAAAUUUUUCUUGGACGAUACAUUGAAAGACGUUAUGUCGAAUCCUUACAAGCAUAUAGAGACAUUAUUAUUAUUGAGUCAAGUGAAGAUAUUGUUGCAAAUUUAUGGAAAAUCAAAGAAAUAUUACUGACAUGUGCGAGCAAUGAGUGGAUUGGUAUUUCAAAUGAUUCACAAAAUUAUAAAUCCAAUAAUUGUCUGUUAUGGGUUCAAUUACAUAAUAUCACUAUUGGAAAACAUUGGUUUAAAAUUGAUGCUAUUCAUUUUCUUCAAUCAGAAAUAAUUUUAAAAUUAAAAUACAUUCAACCUUUUCGAUCACCCGAUGAUAGCAGUUUUAAGAAUUUUAAGUUGGAUUAUUCAAGAUUACAGCAGAUUUUUACAUAUACAAAUGUAUGUGCAACCUUUAAAUUUAGUGCCGUUACGAUAAUGGCCAUUGCCACUUUAAUAAUUCAGGCAAUUAUAAUAAUAAAAGAAUAUAGUAUAGAAGUGGGCUAUCUAAUUUUAAAUUCUAUUAAUGUUGCUACUCCAAUUAUAUUAAGUAUAAUUGAAUUUAUAACUAAAACUGUUUUGGGACUUUUUUGGCUUAUUUAUGUUUUAUUGAAAAAUCCUUCUAAUAAGCAAAUGCCACAUAUUCUUAUGAACAAUAAAAUGAACCAUAAUUAUAAACCUAUUAAAUUUGAAACAAAUAAUCCACCAAAUUAUACAAAUACAAAUCAAAUGAGGUAUAGAUGAAUUAGAUGUAUAAAAAAUUGUAGAAAAAUUUCUUAA